AUGGACACAGCAAAGACACAUUGUGAGAGGAAAUGCCAGCGGGUUGCCCUCAACAAAUGGUCAAACUGUGUAGAAUUACACAAGACGAAGCAGGACGUUGCCUUGGAGAAAGUUGAGCGAGUUCUAAAUGGGCGGGUUGAGCGCAUAAUAAGCAGCAGGGUGUAUACAAGUGACUCAAGGAGGGCCAAAGAGUACUUUGAGAGGUUGCAAACAGGGUUUAUAGAAAUUGGCAACAAAGUCCACCAGAUUGGGGAAGGAUGUGACGGACUCUCAGCGCUCCCCACUAGCCUCUGAAUGAAGAUCUUCCAAUAUUUAGAGCUGCGAGACUUGCUGAAUUGUGCCGAGGUGUGCUGCACAUGGACAGCUGUCAUCCAGUCAGGCCCACUGUGGAGUCAGGUUAAUUUCUCUUUGGAGAAAGACUGGAUAACAGACUGCACAGUGAGGCAGAUUCUGCAGAACUACCGUCCAUUUGUCACCCACCUGAAUCUGCGUGGCUGCACAUCUCUGAAAUGGCCCAGCGUGAAAUGUAUAAGUGGAUGCAGGAAUCUCUUGGACCUCAUUUUGUCAAUGAGUGUUUUAAUGUUACAGUAAGGAUAAGAGGGCUGUCCCCGUUUGCUCCACUUGAAUCUUUCUUGCACACUUAUAACAAACAGAACAGACAGAGAACUGUCCAAGUAAACCUCCAUAUUGCAGUAUUUAAGAAUUGUCUGCACAUUUACAGAUAAAGGGUUUGUGAACCUCACCUCAACGAGAAGGAUUCAUGUUCCACACACAAUUUCCUCUCGGUCCUUCCAAAUAACUGUAAAUGGGUUCAGAUACAUUUCUGCCGGAUGCCCUUCGGUCAGGGUGAUUGUAAUCAAUGAGAUGCCCACGUUAUCAGACAGCUGUUUCUUGGCACUAAUUGCCAGAUGUCCCUGUCUGUCUGCCAUUUUCCUGCUCGGCGCUCCUCAUCUUACCGACUUUGCCUUUAAAGCCUUCGCUGAGGUCGCCGAGCUAAAGACUUUUAGGACACAGGAAAACAACCAACUCACAGACUCAGUCUGGAAGACCCUGUGCAGCAGCCCACCGGGCCUCUGCAGACUCCAGGGCAGAAUGACGGACACCACCGUCAAAUCUGUGCGCAGCCUCAACAACCUGCACAGCCUGGACCUUUCUCUUUGCAACAAGUUUGUGUACUGCGUGUAUCUCGGGGUGUGUGAUGCUGGGAUCCAGGAUCUGAUUGAAGGUUCCUCAUCCACCAAACCGAGAGACUGCAGUCUCAUCACAGACACAUCUGUAAUGAGGAUUGCGCAAAGAUUGUGUAAACCGUAUCAUCUCAACUUGAGUUAUUGUGAGGGACUGACUGAUGAGAGUGUCGAGUGGUUGAGUGGCAGCUCCGUCGGCUCUCUCGACACGAGCGGUUGCAACGUCAUGGAUCAGGUAUUGGCCUUGCGUCUCGAGGGAAUUCACUUGAAGUUAGUUCUUGCCGAAUGUCUCACUGAUGUUGGCAUAGAGAAGCUGUGUAAGAGCGCCAGACAUCUGGAGCACGUUGACGUGUCUCACCGUGUGGCUCUGUCGGACUCGGCCAUUAGAGCGGUUUCAUUUUACUGCAGAGGUCUGAUCACACUCGGGUGUCCCAAAGUAUACACACUUUGUCACACGCACACAGACAUUCAACUGCCUUUUAAGUGUGCAUUUCCCCCCAAAUGUUCUCUUUAUUUUCCCUCCAUCUUGCUUCAGGGAAUUUCUUCCCGCAGGGUGGCCGCUUUAAAGCUUCAGCCACAUCACUGGGAAUGGAGAACAUCCAUACUGGUUUGGAUAGAACAAGGGUCAAAUAGUGCCUCCACUCACAAGACCCAUCAAGACUGAUGAACCCGGUAAGUGGCGGAACA